AUGGCGGUGACCCAUACCACGACGGGAGUCCUUGCGUGGGGAGUGCAAUACCUGCCUACACUGGCUAAAGCUGUGUGUGCAGCAGCAAGCCAGCAGCAACUGUCAACUACACGGAGGGAGAGCCCGAGGAAGGGAGCACACAGACCCCGAAUAAGCGGAGGCUGCUCACUGCAUGAACAACGGAGGAACAGCCCGCCAGCAGAUAAGGACGGACGGAAAGACGAGCACGGAAAAAUCUACCUACAUCUGAGUGGCAGCUUCUGUAUGAGGCACGAGGGGCCCAGAAGGCUGCCGGCUCACGGACGGACACCCCAGACGACCUGCCCCCUGGUGACGAUACUGGGCCCUGCAUCUGGGUUUCUGGGUGGCCCGGAGAAGGAUGUCCCUGGUGCAGCGAGCCCUGUGGGGCCAGAAGGCACUAAACCCCUCCGGUAUACCGGUGGCCGUGAGGGAGGAGGCGCAUCGCCUCUAAGUGUGAGGCCUGUACUGGGUGAGACGCGUGGGACCAGGUGUCACCGGGCAGCGCAAGUGAUGCGGGGGAGGUGCAGGGGACAGCGGGUACUGGGACUUUUGUGGGGGGUCUCAGGGCCUGGCCUGGACCCCGAGUGCCCACGGCAUCACGGAGCGCUCCGCAGGGGACUGAGUCCUGGAGGAGGACAGAUGGACGACUGGCGUCCUAAAGGACCUCACCGACCCGUUCCAGUGGUGCCUGGUCCAUGUGAACCAGAGGAUUUGUUGGAUGGGGUAAUUUUUGGUGCCAAAUACUUGGGUUCUACCCAGCUGCAAUAUGAGAAAAACCCAGCAACAAACACUCGGAUGAGACAGGCCCAGGAGGCAGUGGACAGGGUGAAGGCACCAGAAGGGGAGUCUCAGCCGAUGACCGAGGUUGAUGUAAUGGUGUCGACACAAAGAGUUAAAGUGCUGACUGCAGAUUCUCAGGAAGCCUUGAUGGAUCACCCAUUACAAACAAUCUCAUACACUGCCGAUAUUGGAAGUAUUGUGGUUAUUAUGGCACGCAGGAAAUCUCCCCGUAGCCAGGAGCAGCCCUCGGGCCAAAAGAGGUCACAAAGGAUGCUGUGCCAUGUCUUCCAGUCUGCUGACGCUCAGAUGAUUGCCCAGGCCAUUGGUCAAGCUUUUGGAUUGGCCUAUCAGAACUUCCUGCUUUCAGAAGGCGGGCAGCCAGUCACUUCAGAAGUUGAUAAUUGCCUUUGAAGACCACGUAUCGUCUGGCAUGACACCCUCAAUGGGAGGUUACCAAAUAAAAAUAUCAACUUGGGGAGGAGAUAGAAGUUUACUGCUUCAAUCCUUCCCAACCAAGAGAGUUCCAAUCCCUUCCAGUUUUUUAAGGUGUUCCUAAAUUGGAUAGCAAUGUCUGUAUAAUUAAG